AUGGCAGGUGCUCAAACCCGGCCUAACGCAUUUGGUGGCCAGCAGCCUGGCUCUCCCGAGCGCCAGUCUUCCUUCAUUGGCCUGCCCCCAAUUCGCCGAACCUCAACGUUUGGUGGCCUGCUGGGCAAGGGCGAGGGCGACGACUCCUCGAUCGCAUCCUCGGAUAAGGACAUCCCUCCUGUACCUGUGGUUCCACAGAACCUCGGUCCCCAGGGCCAGAGCAUGCAGAACAUGAACAACGCAGGCCCUCCGCAGGGCCAGCAACCGCAGCAAUUUUACCAGCAUCAACAGCAACACUUUAUGCAACAAGGCCCGCCUCAGCAGUACAUGAACGGCGCGCAACCUGGAGGACCGCCAAUGGGGCCUGGCUCUGGCCCUAAUGGCUUCAUGGCCGGGCGUGGCUUCAGUGGUCCCGGAGGGCCAUCGCCGCCUCAGCAGUUCGGGUUCGGCCGUGGCGGUCCAGGAGGUCCGGGGCCUCAAUUUGGGCAAGGACCACCGGGCAUGCCAGGACCAUCCUUCCCACCUCAGGCUGGGGGCAAUCCCGUCCAGAAGUUUCCUCCAGGCGGCCAAUGGAAGCUGGUCGAGGCGCAUCUUUCAGAACCUCUACAUCAGCCGAAUCGCAACAGGAGUCCCCAGUUGCCUCAGCCUAGCCACUUUGCUUAUGACAAGGAGACCGAGCCACUUCCGCCGCCGCCCUCAAGUUCCGGCAUACCUCAGCGUCGCAAUAAUAGCAGCAUGCCGCCUAUCUCGGCACAGCGGUGGCCGACCUUAUUCCAAGAGUCUGGCCAGCCCGGUCAGCCCGGGCAGCAAGGCCCUCCAGGUCAACCUGGACAGUUCGAUCCCCAAGGCCAGCCAAUCCAACAACAGCCAGUCGAGCCUCACAAGAACAGUCUCUCGCGAACAUCGACGAACGAGGUCCCCGAAAACGAGCGUGGUCACACACGUAAUUUGUCUUCCGGGCUUCUCAGCAAGUUCAGCCGCGCUCGUGCUGGAUCUGUCUCGGAUGAUAAGUCUUCGGUGCAUGUCGUGGGAAACGACGCGGCGUCAGUCAUGAGCGCGGAGACCACGGACAACAAAGAGAAGAAGGGUUUCUUCAAUAACCUCGCCAGGCGCAGCACGGCGGCAGUGGAUCAGAUAACUGGACCAUCGCAACCUCCUCAACAACAGCAACCAUCGGACAUGCCAUCACCCGACCGUCGGCGGACAUUUUUCUCCGGCGGUGACGGCCAAAACCAAUCGAAGCCAAAAUCCAGUCUCAAUCUAAUGCGCACAGCCACCAACGAAUCGACUCCCAGCCAAGCACCUGUUUCCUCCGGCAAGAAGCGUCUCUCUGGUCUGGUCCUCCGCAAUCUAGCUCCGGGCCUCAGCAAGCUCCAGGAUUUCAGGGUGGACCAAAUGGCCAAUUUCCACCAUCGGGGCAGUUCCAACAGCCGGGUCAAAUUCCGCAAGGCGGUCGACUUCCUUCAGGUGGCUUUCAACCGCAGACUGGGGCGCCAGGUGCUCAAGGCAUGCCCGGCCAGGGUCCUUGGGGGCCUCCAGGACCGCUGCCUGGCCAGCAGCUCCCACCUGGUCAAGGACCGCCACAAAACUUCCAGACUCCCAAUGGACCACCACAAGGCUUUCAGCCUGGCCAGGGCCAAAACCCUCAACUUCGACAAUUCUCGGGGCCUGGUUCAGGCCCUGGUCAGGCCACAGGUCCACAGCAAGGUGGUCCUCAAGCCAUGCAGCAACGACAAUUCUCGGGGCCCGGGCCUCUGCAGCCUCAGCCAACUGGUCCGCAGCAAGGGGGACUUCCCGCCGUCCAACAAGGCCAGCUUCAAGGGCCGCCUGGAGCACAGCAAGCUGGUCAGACGCCAAACACCCAGCAGAUCGCACCCCAAGGCUUCCAGCAAAGGCCCCCAUCGCAAGGUCCGCAGCAAUCCCAGCCAGGAAGCCCGCAGCUAA